GGGGGGGGCGGGGGGGCGGGGUCGCAUCAGCCUUUUUUUUUCUCUGCCUUGCUUGGUUGAGCUUCCGCAGAAUUCGAAAUGGCUGGCGGUAAGGCUGGGAAGGACUCCGGAAAGGCCAAGACAAAGGCGGUUUCCCGCUCGCAGAGAGCCGGCUUGCAGUUCCCGGUGGGCCGCAUUCACCGACACCUGAAAUCCAGGACGACCAGCCACGGACGUGUGGGCGCGACCGCCGCUGUGUACAGCGCAGCCAUCCUGGAGUACCUUACCGCAGAGGUACUUGAGCUGGCGGGAAAUGCAUCAAAAGACUUGAAGGUAAAGCGCAUCACCCCACGUCACUUGCAACUGGCUAUUCGUGGAGAUGAAGAAUUGGACUCUCUCAUCAAGGCUACCAUUGCUGGUGGUGGUGUCAUCCCGCACAUCCACAAGUCUCUGAUCGGGAAGAAAGGACAGCAGAAGACUGUCUAAAGGAUGCCUGGAUUCCUUGUUAUCUCAGGACUCUAAAUACUCUAACAACUGUCCAGUGUUGGUGAUUCCAGUGGACUGUAUCUCUGUGAAAAACACAAUUUUGCCUUUUUGUAAUUCUAUCUGAGCAAGUUGGAAGUUUAAUUAGCUUUCCAACCAACCAAAUUUCUGCAUUCAAGUCUUAACCAUAUUUAAGUGUUAAACUGUGGCUUCAAAGAAGCUAUUGAUUCUGAA